AUGGCAGCUCCGGAGCCGGAGUUGCGGUCCUUGACCGCAGCCCCAGAUUUGGAGUGGUAUGAGGAGUCGGAGGAAACCCACGCCCCCCAGAUAGAACUGCUGGAGACCACCACCGCCCAAGAACUCCCCAGCCGUCCCGAGGCUUUCUGCCCCCGGGAUGGCCUGGUGCCCGUGGUGUUCCCCGGGCCUGUGAACCAGGAAGGCUGCUGCCAGUUUACCUGUGAACUGUUAAAGCAUGUCAUGUACCAGCGCCAGCAGCUCCCUCUGCCUUAUGAACAGCUAAAGCACUUCUACCGAAAAUCUUCUCCCCAGGCAGAGGACACGGUGAAGAAGAAACCUUGGGCCAUCACUGAGGCAAGCAGCAGGAAAUGCCAACAAACCCUGGAAGAACUGGAGAGCGUCCUCAGCCACCUAGAGAGUCUCUUUGCCCGGACACUCGUACCACGAGUGCUCAUCCUCCUUGGGGGCAGUGUUCUAAAUCCCAAAGAAUUCUACGAGCUUGACUUGUCCCGCUUGGCCCCCCACAACGUGGACCAGAGGGUGAGCACAGCAGCUUGUUUGCGCCUUAUUUUCCGAGCCAUUUUUAUGGCUGAUGCCUUCAGUGAGCUUCAGGCUCCUCCACUCAUGGGCACCAUUAUCAUGGCACAGGGGCACCGCGACUGUGGAGAAGAUUGGUUUCGGCCCAAGCUGAACUACAGAGUGCCCAAACGGGGCCACAAACUGACUGUGACCCUGUCCUGUGGCAGACCCUCUAUCCCAGUCACAUCCUGGGAGGAUUACAUUUGGUUCCAGGCACCGGUGACAUUGAAAGGCUUUCAUGAGUGA